AUGACCAAAUGCCUGAAAGAUGCAAAGAACAAACAUCAUCUCUCAGGUGCUUUGGAUGGCCGUCGUUGGCGUUUUCUAAAUGUGGGACUUGAUGACUUCAGAGAUGGGUAUCCUAGUGCUGGAACAGCGGUUCUCUCUCAGGCCCAGAGGGGCAUGUCCCCUUCCAUUUUUGGGAUGCCAAGUCCUACAUCUCUCUCUGAUAAAACACAAUGGAAGCGCUUCUCGAAAGAGCAGGCUUGCUUCUCUAAGAAGAACCCUCAGCAGCAGGCACACCGGGAGCAUGUGGCUGCAGUGGAGCACAAACUCAAACAGCAUCCUCUGGCUCUGUACCCACAUUUAGAGCAUGGCAUGCCCCCAGAGUUGUUUGAUCAGGUGAUAUGUGUCCUGGACCCGGAUAUGUGUGUGAACAGAGCUUCUGCAGUGACUUCACCAGAAAAAGAGGAGCAGGCGGACGACUGCACUGAGCCGUGGGAAACCAUCAUGCGUGAAUCGGAGUCAGAGGAGGAAGUGAGAGAGGGACCACCUGUCAGUGCAAUAAUGACUGACGAUUUAUGUGCAAAGAACCCUUACAAAGGGCUGCAAAGAAAGCAGAGCAGUGCCAAGGAAGACCAGAUAGUAAACGUCAAACGACUGCGCUCCCCAUCUCAAGACGAGGACAUCAAGAAAGUCACUAAGCUUUUCUGUGACUGGGUCGCCUCAUUGGGAGGAGAGAAGAACAACCUGACUGAAUCCACCCUACAGGGCCUGUUUGUCAGUGGGUAUGAGAAGAAGCCGUCCCUGACCUUCCCUAUCCAGGUGGUUGAGCCUAAGAACGUGCCAGAGGACCUACGUAACUCUGUGGAGGAUCUGCGCAGAGCCCACACCUGUGAAGACCCCUUAAAGGACUCAGAACCAUACAAGAGCAAACCAGGAACUAAAAGGCCCAAAUAUGGAGCAUGGUACCUGGAUACUAAAACAUGGAAGAAAAGAGAUGCUGAUGAACCAUUAAGAGACCCCAAUGUCAUCCCUGAGGACUUUGAGUUUCCUGCACAACCAAGUGAAAUGGAUGAUGAACUGAAACAGAUGCAUGGGACUCAAGCGUUCAAGCAGUUCAUCAUCAGCAAAGGGCUGAGGGUGCCUAGGUUUCUGAGUACUCUCUUUGAAGAAGAGGAGGGAGACAACCGAUCAAGGCCAGAUGGAGCAGGCUCUGCUUCAACACGGAAGGGGACCGUGGUACUUUAG